AUGGAACCGCCUUGGUGUCGCGACGACGACGGCGACGGCGGUGGCGGUGGUAAUUGUGGCCUUAGUGUUGGUGGUUGUGACGAUGAUGAGGGAUCCUGGGAAGCCUACGCUUGGCUGGGCGUCCUUGCAGCGACGCCUCUUUGCGCCUGCGCCCUUUUGUUCCACCUCUGCGUGUCUCGUCGACGACGUCAGCCCUGCAGCAGCAGUCGUCACUCUGACGACGGACUCCGAGGUCGUCGUCGUCGACGACGUGUAACCAUCCGGUCCUCGCCGCCGUCUCCACUCGACGCCCUGCUGUCAUCCCUGACUGCGGCCCAACUGGUCUCGUCACUGGCCCUGGGUGCCCGGGCCCUGGCCCGACUCUGGCGUCCGACGGCGUGUGCCACACUGGUCGCAGUGUCGACGGCGUGUCGCACGUUUCUACUGGCUGCUCUGGCGUCGCUGUUGGUCGACAGGAUGCUGACGCUGAGACGGCGACGGUAUCGGAUUGCCCGGGCCCACGUGGCGUAUCAUGUGGCCGUGCUGGCCCUGGUGGCAGCGUUGGUCGGCGUGGCUGCGGGCCUGGCCCUGCGCGGUGAUGACAGCAGUAGUGUCGGUGGUACUAGUAGUAGUAGUAGUUGGAAGGAAGUCGUGGGAGUGGACGCCAUGGGUGGUGGAGUUUUGUCGAGGUGUGGACUUGGGCCAGCUUUGGAGGCCCAGGGCAAUUAUGCCAGACUGGCUGUUGGGGUGGACGCAGUUUUCCUGGCCCUGGUCGCUUUCGUCUUUGGCUACGUUCAGGCACAUGUUUGCAUGCUGCAAAAACGGCAUUUGGGAGGUGUGAAAGCCGGAGGAAGACGUAGUAUAGUGAGCAGAAGUCCUGCUCAUCGGUCCCCAUCGGAUUUGGCACCGAUCCGUACUGCGUCCGACACCAGCACUGCGUCAACCCUGCAACCAGCACCAGAACCCUUUCGAUGGCGCACUGUGGCCUCUGCCACUCUGUGUCUGCUCACUCUGGACCUCGUUCCCCACUUGGCACAUGUUUGCAUGCUGCAAAAACGGCAUUUGGGAGGUGUGAAAGCCGGAGGAAGACGCAGUAUAGUGAGCAGAAGUCCUGCUCAUCGGUCCCCAUCGGAUUUGGCGCCGAUCCGUACUGCGUCCGACACCAGCACUGCGUCAACCCUGCAACCAGCACCAGAACCCUUUCGAUGGCGCACUGUGGCCUCUGCCACCCUGUGUCUGCUCACUCUGGACCUCGUUCCCCACUUGAUGUUCACAGUGACAGCGGGGUUCUUCCCUUCGUCUCUUCCGCCGGAAUUGCCCGCGGAACUGGCCCUGGCCCUGGCCUCGACACUGGUGUCCCUAGUGUUGCCACUGCUCAUCAUCGGCGUGGACCCGUUGUUGAGACGAUCCACGAGGCAUUUGUGCGCCGUCGACGACGACGACUACGAUGACGACGACGAAGACAACGACGGCGUCCGUGGCGGCGGCGGCAGCGGCGGCGGUGGUCUGGGCCAUCAUCACGACCGCAUGUCCCGACUGGAGGGCCAGCACAACCCCGGGCUCGUCGUGGACGACGAAGACGGCACUUUGAAGGCCAAGCAACGGGGUUUCAGGAUGUCGAAUGACGAGGAUGAUGACGACGAUGAUUUGUAUGGAGGCAAAGCCGUUUCUUCGUCUGCUUUGUCUUCUAUUUCUAGAAAUGAUGACAGUGCAAAGUUCCGCUAUGCCCCAUCACCGCAUCACUUACAUCAUCAUCAUCACCACCACCACCACCAACAAAAUCAGCAACAUGCCAGUAGCAUGUUUGACGUGUCCUCGCCCAAAUUCCCUUUGACGAAUGGCUCCUUGUUCUCCGCUGCCUCGUCAACGUCUACAUUUCUCGUCCGUCCCACAGGCAAUCAAGUGUUCGUUGGCAGCACGUUCACCAAGCACCCGAAGCCCGAGGCGCAGAACCUGUCGAGCAGCAAAAACAUCAACACCACGUCCACGACCUCCACGGCCACCACCAAUAGCAGCAGUAGCAACAACAACAACAACAACGCGAGGAAGCACACGGCGUCCCACAAGCAGUCGUGUCCGUCUCUGUGGCUCCCACCGCCGCCGUCGAAGCCGCCUCCGCCUGACCUCGCCCCGGCGGCACUCUAUGACGACGUCCUCGAACUGCGCACGACGAAGAGCGAGGACUGUUACGUCGCCCGAGUGACGACCAAUAGUCGAGGCACGUCGCCGUGCUCAGCCACGACGACGACGGCGAUGCCGGACUUGCUGAUGGCCAAGCAGUGUCCUGCUGCUGCUGUGGACGACGAGCAUUUGUACAUACAAUUGGAGACCCUGGAUGAAGGCAUACCUCCUCCAGCAAUGUUUGGGGAUGAUGAUGAUGAUAGUAGUAGUGAUGAUCCUGCCAACAUGAAUCAGGAUCCAAGUUCCUCCUCCUCCUCCUCCUCAGAGAAACAAAAGACUGAUUCUGUUGCUGCUGCAAGUGACAGCGGGUCGGUCAAGAACUUCAUCCAGCGCCUGAACAGGUCCAGAAGGCAUUCCAGGACGUCGCUGAUCGGCCUGGACAACCCCAUGUUCCAGCCAGACGAAUCAUCUGGAGUCCCUCAUCAUCAUCCUCCGCAACAACAACAUCAUAACCCCGUGAUGAUGAUGGAAGCAGAUUCCUUGGACGACUCCAACCACACUCAUCAUCACCAAGUGUACAAAGCGUGUCUCAACAACCGCCUCAAGUCCUCGUCCUUGUCCAUGAACGCCUUGGACCGAGUUGGACUGGAUGAGGCGGAAAUAAUGCGGCCUAAAAGCAGCAGCAGCAGCAACAACAACAAGUUCUUCGCGAAUCGUGGAGUAGCUGCUUCUGUGGUCAAGCGCGGCGUUCGACUUCAUCAUCAGCAGCAACAGCAGAAAUUGCACCUCAAGUCCUCGGUUAUCGGCCAGUCGCAGUUUUAUCCGCAGCAGGGACUCCUGCUUCCCUCUGGCGGCUGGAGGAGGGACAACAGUGCCAGUGUUCCGGACGUGAGGAGGACGUUCUACGACGAGUUCCUUUGA